GCUUUAGCUGCUAACUCGCUCUAGUAGCUGUGGUCGGGGCUCGGGACCGGCUGCCAUCUUAGUCUAGGGACUGAGGAGUCGCCGCCGCCCCGAGUCCCGGUACCAUGCAUUUCACAGUGGCCAUGUGGAGACAACGCCUUAACCCAAGGAAGUGACUCAAACUGUGAGAACUUCAGGGUCUUCCUCUGUUGCCCAGGCUGGAGUACAGUUGUGUGAUCAUAGCUCACUGCAGACUUGACCUCCUGGUUGGGGAGUGGUGGUGUGCACCAGUGGUCCCAGCUACUCAGGAGGCUGAAGCAGAAGGAUCCCCCCCCAGCCCGGGAGGCGCUCCAGAACACCCCAGCUUGGGUGACAGAGUUUUCCAACCUAUUGGUGGUAUGUCUGACGGUGGAUCACAACUUGGUUCAAUGGGUAGCCUCACCAUGAAAUCACAGCUUCAGAUCACUGUCAUCUCAGCAAAACUUAAGGAAAAUAAGAAGAAUUGGUUUGGACCAAGUCCUUACGUAGAGGUCACAGUAGAUGGACAGUCAAAGAAGACAGAAAAAUGCAACAACACAAACAGUCCCAAGUGGAAGCAACCCCUUACAGUUAUCGUUACCCCUGUGAGUAAAUUACAUUUUCGUGUGUGGAGUCACCAGACACUGAAAUCUGAUGUUUUGUUGGGAACUGCUGCAUUAGAUAUUUAUGAAACAUUAAAGUCAAAUAAUAUGAAACUUGAAGAAGUAGUUGUGACUUUGCAGCUUGGAGGUGACAAAGAGCCAACAGAGACAAUAGGAGACUUGUCAAUUUGUCUUGAUGGGCUACAGUUAGAGUCUGAAGUUGUUACCAAUGGUGAAACUACAUGUUCAGAAAAUGGGGUUUCGCUCUGUUUGCCCAGGCUGGAGUGCAGUAGUGCGAUCUCGGCUGACUGCAACCUCUGCCUCCCGGGUUUAAGUGAUUCUCCUAUCUCAGCCUCCCGAGUAGCUGGGUUUACAGGUGCUUCUCAGAAUGAUGAUGGCUCCAGAUCCAAGGAUGAAACAAGAGUGAGCACAAAUGGAUCAGAUGACCCUGAAGAUGCAGGAGCUGGUGAAAAUAGGAGAGUCAGUGGGAAUAAUUCUCCAUCACUCUCAAAUGGUGAUUUUAAACCUUCUAGACCUCCAAGACCUUCACGACCACCACCACCCACCCCACGUAGACCAGCAUCUGUCAAUGGUUCACCAUCUGCCACUUCUGAAAGUGAUGGGUCUAGUACAGGCUCUCUGCCGCCGACAAAUACAAAUACAAAUACAUCUGAAGGAGCAACAUCUGGAUUAAUAAUUCCUCUUACUAUAUCUGGAGGCUCAGGCCCUAGGCCAUUAAAUCCUGUAACUCAAGCUCCCUUGCCACCUGGUUGGGAGCAGAGAGUGGACCAGCACGGGCGAGUUUACUAUGUAGAUCAUGUUGAGAAAAGAACAACAUGGGAUAGACCAGAACCUCUACCUCCUGGCUGGGAACGGCGGGUUGACAACAUGGGACGUAUUUAUUAUGUUGACCAUUUCACAAGAACAACGACGUGGCAGAGGCCAACACUGGAAUCCGUCCGGAACUAUGAACAAUGGCAGCUACAGCGUAGUCAGCUUCAAGGAGCAAUGCAGCAGUUUAACCAGAGAUUCAUUUAUGGGAAUCAAGAUUUAUUUGCUACAUCACAAAGUAAAGAAUUUGAUCCUCUUGGUCCAUUGCCACCUGGAUGGGAGAAGAGAACAGACAGCAAUGGCAGAGUAUAUUUCGUCAACCACAACACACGAAUUACACAAUGGGAAGACCCCAGAAGUCAAGGUCAAUUAAAUGAAAAGCCCUUACCUGAAGGUUGGGAAAUGAGAUUCACAGUGGAUGGAAUUCCAUAUUUUGUGGACCACAAUAGAAGAACUACCACCUAUAUAGAUCCCCGCACAGGAAAAUCUGCCCUAGACAAUGGACCUCAGAUAGCCUAUGUUCGGGACUUCAAAGCAAAGGUUCAGUAUUUCCGGUUCUGGUGUCAGCAACUGGCCAUGCCACAGCACAUAAAGAUUACAGUGACAAGAAAAACAUUGUUUGAGGAUUCCUUUCAACAGAUAAUGAGCUUCAGUCCCCAAGAUCUGCGAAGACGUUUGUGGGUGAUUUUUCCAGGAGAAGAAGGUUUAGAUUAUGGAGGUGUAGCAAGAGAAUGGUUCUUUCUUUUGUCACAUGAAGUGUUGAACCCAAUGUAUUGCCUGUUUGAAUAUGCAGGGAAGGAUAACUACUGCUUGCAGAUAAACCCCGCUUCUUACAUCAAUCCAGAUCACCUGAAAUAUUUUCGUUUUAUUGGCAGAUUUAUUGCCAUGGCUCUGUUCCAUGGGAAAUUCAUAGACACGGGUUUUUCUUUACCAUUCUAUAAGCGUAUCUUGAACAAACCAGUUGGACUCAAGGAUUUAGAAUCUAUUGAUCCAGAAUUUUACAAUUCUCUCAUCUGGGUUAAGGAAAACAAUAUUGAGGAAUGUGAUUUGGAAAUGUACUUCUCCGUUGACAAAGAAAUUCUAGGUGAAAUUAAGAGUCAUGAUCUGAAACCUAAUGGUGGCAAUAUUCUUGUAACAGAAGAAAAUAAAGAGGAAUACAUCAGAAUGGUAGCUGAGUGGAGGUUGUCUCGAGGUGUUGAAGAACAGACACAAGCUUUCUUUGAAGGCUUUAAUGAAAUUCUUCCCCAGCAAUAUUUGCAAUACUUUGAUGCAAAGGAAUUAGAGGUCCUUUUAUGUGGAAUGCAAGAGAUUGAUUUGAAUGACUGGCAAAGACAUGCCAUCUACCGUCAUUAUGCGAGGACCAGCAAACAAAUCAUGUGGUUUUGGCAGUUUGUUAAAGAAAUUGAUAAUGAGAAGAGAAUGAGACUUCUACAGUUUGUUACUGGAACCUGCCGAUUGCCAGUAGGAGGAUUUGCUGAUCUCAUGGGGAGCAAUGGACCACAGAAAUUCUGCAUUGAAAAAGUUGGGAAAGAAAAUUGGCUACCCAGAAGUCAUACCUGUUUUAAUCGCCUGGACCUGCCACCAUACAAGAGCUAUGAGCAACUGAAAGAAAAGCUGUUGUUUGCCAUAGAAGAAACAGAAGGAUUUGGACAAGAGUAACUUCUGAGAACUUGCACCAUGAAUGGGCAAGAACUUAUUUGCAAUGUUUGUCCUUUUCUGCCUGUUGCACAUCUUGUAAAAUUGGACAAUGGCUCUUUAGAGAGUUAUCUGAGUGUAAGUAAAUUAAUGUUCUCAUUUAGAUUUAUCUCCCAGUGAUUUCUACUCAGCGUUUCCAGAAAUCAGGUCUGCAAAUGACUAGUCCGAACCUUGCUUAACAUGAGAUUUUAACACAACAAUGAAAUUUGCCUUGUCUUAUUCCACUAGUUUGUUCCUUUAACAACAGUUUUUUAUAUGUGUCAAAAGUCUCACUUGGGAGUAGUGUUUUUUUCUUUUAGAGAUUCUGCAGAUAUGCAGGGAAGUCCUUUGGUAACUGCAAUAUACAAGAUCUUCCUAUUAAGCCUCUUGGUAAGAGGCAUUUGUUAAAAGUGCAAGCUUACUCCUGCUUCUGGGGAUGUGAGCAAAAUUCUGGCUUGUGUUCUCCCUCUCAUUUUAGUCUGACUUAACUAUUGUUUUUCCUUUCUGGCGCAUGAAUCCAUACAUCAUUCCUGGAAGUGAUGCAAGACUCUUGCAUCUCUACAAAGUAGUUUUGUCAAUUUGAAUUCAGGGAAAAGUUGGUCACAGCCUGCAAAUGACUUCAUUUGGAAGUCUGAUUGUUUCAGUUGCCUGACAAAUACUACACUUUACAAACAAUGUUAACACUGUGAUUCCUUCAUUGUUUUAAGAAGUUAACCUAGGGCCGGGCAUGGUGGCUCAUACCUGUAAUCCUAGCACUCUGGGAGGCCGAGGCAGGAGGAUCCCUUCAGCCCAGGAGUUAAAGACCAGCCUGGGCAACAUAGGGAGACCCUGUCUUUUUUUUGGGCAGCGUGGAGGGGGUGAUAAAUAAAUAAAAGGAAAAAAAACUUAGCCUAGAAUUAGAAUUAAUUUAAUUGAAUUCAUCUAAAGAUGUCACUGGUGAUUUUUAUAUGUUCCGCUAUAUAAUUGAUGCUUUAUAGUUUUAUCAUAAUCCAACAACUUCAGUUAUAUUUAAUUAUUGUUAAGGAGUUUAAGACUAGAAAGACUAGAGUGCUUUCUAGUCCAAACAGAGGUCAGUGAAACAGCUUUUGACAUCAGAUUUUCAUUUGAGAGGGAGAGCUGUGGUACUGGCUAAAAAGAAAGGAAGAUAACAUCCAGUAACCACAGGAAUAUAUUCUCUGUGAAUUAAAAGUCUUCAAAGUUAUCAUUUCUCUGACAUAUGUUGGAGUAGUCAUUUCCAUUCUUUACAUUGUCAUGAACUGGAUUGAUAACCCUCAUCUGCAAUAUUCUUUUCACCCCUAAAAUUUUUAACAGGGUUUCCUUUUUUUCUCACGACUAUUUAAGUUUAGAUUGCUCCAUUAUUAACUGAUCAAUGCACUUUGAAGGUCUCUGGAAUUAAUUAUUUUAACUUGGCCUAGCUUCGACUGUCAAGGUGGCUGUUAUAAAUUUGACUUCAUUGGCAGUGGAAUGAAGCCUAAGCCAGCUGAGUCCCUAUCAUACCUGAACCCUGAGGACAGCCUCAUAGCUCAUGUAUCAGGGACUUUUGCCACAUUUCAGAGGCAUAGCAUGAACAAGUAAUAUUAAGCCAAGAAUAAGCAGCAGAACCCUGUUCCAUAUGUAAAAAAGAAAAACAAUUUUUUGUCCCUAAUGUUCUUCCUUUUACAUCCUGGAACAACAAUAAAAACAUUUUUUUAAACUUG